ACCUAACCUAGCACCUAAGUCCUGUUCUCCCAAUAUGUCUCAUCCAUCUCCGAGCUCUGAUCCAUACAAUUACCUUGGCAUCGUCCUGAAUCCAGAUGGCACCAUCACACGCGACCUCACCCGAUUUCAGUGUGCCGCCGCCACCCCAGAUCCCCGCCCACACAAUCCGGUGAUCUCCAAGGAUAUUCCUGUCAACGAGUCAAAGUUAACGCGCAUCCGCCUCUACCUACCUACCUCCGCCAUAUCCUCCGACGAGAAGCUCCCUCUCGUCGUGUACUUCCAUGGCGGAGGCUUCGUUCUGGGCAGCGUCGACUUCGUCCAAUUCCACGGUUUCUGCUCAAACAUGGCAUGUGACCUCCACGCGGUGGUUGCAUCCGCCUCUUACCGGCUUUCUCCCGAGCACCGUCUCCCCGCGGCCUACGACGACGGCAUGGAGGCACUGCAUCGGAUCCGGACCUCCUCAGAUGACUGGCUGAAUAACCACGCCGAUCUCUCCAACGUCCUCAUCAUGGGUACGAGCGCCGGCGGAAAUCUGGCCCACGCAGUCGGUCUACGCGCCAGCACCGAGGAUCUGAAACCGUUGCAGAUCCGCGGGCUCGUGCUGCACCACCCGUUCUUCGGCGGCGUGGAGAGAAGCCCAUCGGAGAUAAGGCUGGGGCAAGACCCCGUCUUGCCCCCGACGGUUAGCGACGUGUUCUGGGAGCUGUGUCUUCCGGUCGGAGCCGACCGGGACCACGAGUACUCGAAUCCGAAGGAGGGUUUGGAGGGGAUGGUUCGGGUGAGAUGGAAGGUGAUGGUGAUAGGUACCGAAGGGGAUCCAUUGGUCGACCGGCAGAGAGAGGUGGUGGAGUUGAUGAAGAACAACGGCGUGGAUGUGGUGGGUCACUUCACCGACGGUUCCUUUCACGGUGCAGAGAUUAUGGACCCUUCAAAAGCUAAAUCAAUGUUUGCCAUAGUCCGACAUUUCAUGCCAUCCUCCAUGUUGUAAUAAUUAUCUUUGUUGACCAUCUUGAUAUACG